AUGAAGCGUCGAGGACGCGAUUGGGUAUCGCGGAAGGAAGUGGAGGGAACAUCGACUUUUGCUCUGAGGAGUCGUCUUUCACGUGCGUCAUCGUCUAGGAAUUACGAGGAGGAAGAACUCGUGCGAGUUCAGGUUUCAGAACCUGAAAUGGUUGAUGUUUCGGAAGUCGAGGAGGAGGCUAACCUAGUGAGGCAGUGGAACUGGGGGACCGACUGUUUGGCAUAUCAGUAUCAAAAGCUGAAUGAAGCCUCUAACUGGAGGACACAACAACUGACAGGCUCCGUUACACUACUGACGGGCUGA